CUCUCUCUCUCUCUCUCUCUCUCUCUCUCUCUCUCUCUCUCCAUCACACUCGUCUAACUCAGCCUCGCGCUCUCCGCUCUGCACUCAUCCGGUCACAACAACAACCACCGACCGCCCCGCGGCCCGGACCGAGCCGGACCUGAACCACAACAUGUCCCUGCAGCUGCCUCCGUGCGUGAUAGACUGCGGGACCGGGUACACAAAGAUCGGCUAUGCUGGAAACACAGAGCCACAGUUCAUCAUGCCCUCCUGCAUUGCCAUCAGGGAGUCGGCCAGCGUGGGAGAACAGGCCCAGAGGAGGCUCGUACGAGGAGUCGACGACCUCGACUUCUACAUCGGAGACGAAGCCGUGGACAAACCUAACUACGCAACCAAGUGGCCGAUCCGUCAUGGGAUGGUGGAGGACUGGGAUCUGAUGGAGAAGUUUAUGGAGCAGGUUAUCUUCAAAUACCUUCGAGCUGAACCUGAGGACCACAGCUUCCUAAUGACAGAGCCUCCUCUCAACACUCCAGAGAACAGAGAGUACCUUGCUGAGAUCAUGUUCGAGACCUUCAACAUACCUGGACUCUACAUCGCAGUACAGGCGGUGCUGGCACUGGCGGCGUCCUGGACAUCCCGACAGGUGGGACAGAGGACCCUGACUGGAGUCGUCAUCGACAGUGGAGAUGGAGUGACACACGCUAUCCCUGUGGCUGAGGGCUACGUGAUUGGCAGCUGUAUAAAGCACAUCCCCAUCGCAGGGCGGGACAUCACCUUCUUCAUCCAGCAGCUGCUCAGAGAAAGAGAGGUGGGGAUUCCUCCAGAGCAGUCGCUGGAGACCGCCAAGGCCGUCAAGGAGCGGUACUGCUACAUCUGUCCUGACAUAGUGAAAGAGUUCUCGAAGUACGACUGUGACCCGGAGAAAUGGAUCAAACAGUUCAGAGGAGUGAACGCUGUCAGUCAGAACACCUUCCACAUCGAUGUGGGCUAUGAACGCUUCCUGGGCCCCGAGAUCUUCUUCCACCCCGAGUUUGCAAACCCAGACUUCAUGCAGCCCAUCUCUGAUGUCGUUGAUGAUGUCAUCCAGAGCUGUCCAAUCGAUGUGAGGAGACCGCUCUACAAGAACAUUGUGUUGUCUGGAGGAUCCACCAUGUUCAGAGACUUUGGCCGACGGCUGCAGAGAGACCUGAAGAGAGUGGUGGACGCCCGACUGAGACUGAGUGAAGAGCUGAGUGAAGGACGGAUAAAGCCGAAGCCGAUGGAGGUUCAGGUCGUCACACAUCACAUGCAGCGUUACGCCGUCUGGUUUGGAGGCUCCAUGUUGGCGUCGACGCCGGAGUUUUUCCAGGUGUGUCACUCGAAGAAGGAUUACGAUGAGAUCGGCCCGAGCAUCUGUCGUCACAACCCCGUGUUUGGGAUCAUGUCCUGAUGAUGGCGGCUAGCCUGUCAGCCUGCUACGUUGUUAGCCUGUUAGCCUUUCAGCCUGCUACCCAGUAGAUAGACAGUUUGCCUGUUAGCCUGUUAGCCUGCAGGCUCUGCAGCUUACCUGUUAUCUGCUAGCCACCAGCCACUUAGCCAAUAGCCUGUUGCAAUAGUCUCUUGCUCUGUUUAGUUUUUAGCCUGCUAGGCUAGCAGACUGUUAGCAGGCUAGCUUAGCCUCAUCAAGCACACACAGGUCUGCAGACAGUUAGAAAACAGUUUCCUCUCAGACAGCGAUCAGACACCUGAUCACUGAUUCAGGACCAGUGUCUUCACCUCUGUCCAGAUGAGUCUGCUGCAGCACGAACAUCUGGAUAAACGACGGAGAAUCAAAGUUCUGUCCCCUGAACAGAAAAAGCAAAGGACAAAAUCACCUUCUUCUUCUCUGUUUGAGUUCUGCUUUGACCUCCUCUCUCCUCUUCACCUCCCUGUUCAGUCACCUGCUGUCUGUCAGUGUGUUAGCCAGUUAGCCUGUUAGCCUGGCUCCAGCUGAGAUUUAACGUGUUGAUGUGGAAUGAAUGGGUCCACUCUCUGAGGAGACAGCGUUCAUAAAGGGUUUAUAAACUGUAAUCAAUAGGCUAUAGUUAUUAAUGUUAAUAAAAAGUAAAGUGUAGCAGGAUCUUCCACAACCUGGCAACCUAAAAGUUCUUCUUCUUGUCUUUUAAGAGAUGAAGCAGUAAAUGAUUAAUUAACAGUUAAUUAAAGCCUUUACAGAUGCUGCCUCCUCACAUGUUCUGGUGUACAGCUACAGCUCUGUGUCUGUUACUAAAUGGUCCUUACUUUACUUUUCAGAGAAGUGAAUGUGACUGCAGUGAUUCCACAGUCUGAUAUUUAGUUGUUGUGAGUCACCUGACAGAUUGGGUUAGUCGGACUACAUGUGAGCUGAUGGAGGACGUGUAGCCGACAGUGCAGCUCACUGAAUCCACAGCAACAUUAUACCUCCUGUUUACAUCCCAAAGAGCAUUAUGGGAAUGUUUUUCCUGUUGCCCUCACUAUCACAGUGAACAAAUAUUAUUAUUCACCAUCUAUGAAGUUUCACAUAAAAAGACACAACUAGAAACUGUAGUGACUGUGAGUUCAUGCUGGACACCAGAGUGUGGACUGGUCCGAGGGAAACAUACUCUGUGAGUCCUGAGCAGUACAGGUCAGCAAUGACAGCUGUUUGUUUGUUUGUUUGUUUGGCGUGUGUGUGUGUGUGUGUGUGCCUGUGCGUGUGUGUGUGUGUGUGUGUGUGUGUGUGUGUGUGUGUGUCAUAAACUACUGUUCUCAAAUUGUUUAUAUUUCUAAAGAUUUAUCUAAAGAGUUUAUCAGAUAAUUAACAUGGCUUAUAAGUUA